AGAGAGAGAGAGAAACGGGGGGCCCAGAGUUUCAGACAAAGUUGAUCUUGAUAUGCCACCAACGGAAUGGAAGUUAAUCACCGCGUCUAUCUUAAAGAGGGGAACAAAGCAAAGAGACAGUUAAAGCUGGUCUUUCCAAUGAAGUGAGAAGGAAAAGAGGGACAUAAGAAUGGUAGGAUAAGAGUAUUCUGCAUGUCUCGGGCUGUGAACCACUGAGAGAUUGCAAGGGAAAGCAUUAACUCUGAGAUUUUAUAAUGCCAGUUCCGCUUGCACCAUAUCCGACACCUCCAGCGCCAUAUACAGCACCGGCAAAUGGUGCACAGAGCCAGCUUGUGUGCUCUGGAUGUCGAAACCUUUUACUGUAUCCGGUGGGAGCAACUUCUGUAUGCUGUGCUGUUUGCAAUGCAGUCACAGCUGUGCCACCUCCAGGCACGGAAAUGGCCCAAUUGGUUUGUGGAGGGUGCCAUACCUUGCUUAUGUACAUCCGUGGAGCAACAAGCGUACAGUGUUCUUGUUGUCACACUGUCAAUCUAGCCUUGGAAGCGAACCAGGUGGCACACGUCAAUUGUGGCAACUGCAGGAUGCUAUUAAUGUACCAAUAUGGUGCACGAUCUGUGAAAUGUGCAGUCUGCAAUUUUGUGACAUCGGUUGGGGCCUCAGCAAGCACAACGGAACAGAAGUUUCACAAUUAAAAUUCCAACACAGCUAAGUGGAUAUUACAAAGUCUACAACUUUGGUUUUGCAUAUAAUAAUAUUCCCCAUCAGUGCAUCUUUCAGCAAGCAGAGGAUUUUCCCCCCUAAUCACUUGUAUAGAGUGACUUUUUCCUGGCGUGAAGUCUUUUAUGAAUAAGUAUUGGCAGGUUGGAUGUAUGAAAACUAUUCUAUAAGAAGACUUUUGAGUGCUUUUGAAACUGUUCAGAUAUAUAUAUAUAUAUAUGAACUUUAUUUUGGUUUUA